AUGAAAAGCUCAACCCUCCUCCUAGCAGCUUUCCUCUGCGUUGUGGCUUUUCCGACCACAACCGUGGGCAAAAACCUGAGAUUCUGGCCAAAACCUGUCCAAGGAUGGCCAAAUCCAUUGAAAAUCUCCAAAAACGAUUCGCCAUUGAAAAUCUCCAAAAACGAUAGGUUUAUGAUGAGCACUUCCAAAUUCAACUAUGAAGAUUCCAAAGUCUGGAGAUGUACUUAUAGCAACGGAUCUGCUCCAGCCAUUUCUAUUUCUCCGUCAAUCCCGUCAACUCCAUCAACGCCGUCUCCUUCUCCUCCGACUCCAAAAACAUCUCCGCCGCCGCCAACACCGUCUCCUCCGCCUCCAACUCCCAAAACGUCUCCGCCGCCUCCUACACCGUCUCUUCUUCCUCCUCCAACUCCUAAGAAAUCUCCGUCUCCACCGCCACUAACACCGUCUCUUCCUCCUCCAACUCCCAAGAAGUCUCCAUCUCCGCCUCCGCCAACUCCCAAGAAGCCUCCAUCUCCGCCGCCGCCAACUCCCAAGAAGUCUCCAUCUCCUCCGCCGUCAACACCGUCUCUUCCGCCUCCAACUCCCAAGAAGUCUCCAUCUCAUCCGCCACCAAGUGAUGAUGUGUCGUCACCUCCUAGUCAGCCAUCAAAUCCACCUCCGGAGCAUCAUCACGGUCAUCGUCAUCAUCAGAAUCCAUGGGAACACAUUGAUACUUGUAUGAGAAACAUGGGACCUGUUACAAUGUGUCGUGCGCAGAUGGAGUUCAGUUUCUUCACGAGGAUGUUUCAGGUCAGCGACUAUUGUUGCAAACUUAUCGUCAACAUGAAAGAUGAAUGCGACGAUGUUAUUUGGGGAUUCUUCACCGAUCCUUUCUUUGUUCCUCUUGUUCGUUGCACUUGUCACGUCACCUACUAG